UCUCCAACUGAGAACCGCCGACUCUGUAGUUCUGUGUGUAGCCACCAGGUGGCGACAAGAACUCUACUCGGCGCCGGAUGAGCUACGACACCGGAAGCGGAAUCUCGCCUUCUUGACUGGUUCCUCCUGCUUUCCCCUCCCCCGGAAACACAGAGCGGCUUGCCUCGGGUGCUGAGGCCCGUGGCGGUCGGGGAGGGAUGGGCGUGAGCGCGGAGCCGCGGAGCCUCUCAGUCAGCGGCGCCGGGCUCGCGUCCCCCAUGAUCGAGAAGGCGCGCUCGGCGCUGCUGCCGCCGCAGGACGUAGAGGACACGUUACAUCCAGUGAUCAAGGCUUUCCUCUGCGGCUCCAUCAGUGGGACCUGCUCCACCCUCCUCUUCCAGCCUCUGGAUCUCCUCAAAACCCGCCUGCAGACCCAGCAGCCCGCAGACCUAGGGUCCAGGCGUGUGGGGAUGUUGGCUGUGUUCUUGAAGGUGGUUCGCACAGAGAGUCUGUUGGGCCUGUGGAAAGGGAUGUCUGCGUCGGUUGUGCGGUGUGUCCCUGGUGUAGGCAUCUACUUUGGCACUCUGUACUCUUUGAAGCAGUAUUUCUUGCGAGGCCAUCCUCCCACCGCCCUGGAGUCCGUCAUCCUGGGCAUGGGCUCCCGCUCUGUCGCAGGAGUCUGCAUGUCACCCAUCACAGUGAUCAAGACGCGCUAUGAGAGUGGGACCUACAGCUAUGGGAGCAUCUAUGCAGCCCUGAGGAGCAUCUACUGCAGCGAGGGCCACCGGGGCCUCUUCAGGGGCCUGACAGCAACUCUCCUUCGUGAUGCGCCCUUUUCAGGGCUGUACCUGAUGUUUUAUAGCCAGACCAAAACCACAGUGCUCUGUGGUACAGACCAGCUGGACGCUGCUCUGAUGCCCCUUGUUAAUUUCAGCUGUGGGACACUUGCUGGCGUCCUGGCUUCACUGGUGACACAGCCUGCAGACGUCAUUAAGACCCACAUGCAGCUCUCCCCAGUGAAGUUUCAGUGGCUUGGCCAAGCGGCCACACUCAUAUUCAAGAACCAUGGGCUGCGCGGCUUCUUUCAUGGUAGUGUUCCCAGAGCCCUACGCAGAACUCUGAUGGCUGCCAUGGCAUGGACUGUGUAUGAAGAGAUGAUGGCCAAGAUGGGCCUCACGUCCUAAGGAGAGGGCCCGGGAAGGAAGAUCUGCUGCCUUGCUUGGUUCCUGCCAUGGCUGCGGCUCACUCUCCUGGAGUCAGGUGACGUGCUGUCUGAAGAGCCAGGCACAAAUGCCGUUGCCUUAGUCCCAGUCCCCCAUUCGAAGAGAGGACCAACGGAUGACUAGCGCCUCAGAAGUGGAGUCACCAGUGCCCAUAGCUCCAUGCGCACUCCCAGUCAGCACACGUGGAAGCUGGGAGUUGAGUUUGGCUGCCCCACAGAGCUGCUUAAGGGGCGUUUCUAAGAGAGACCUCUGCCAGGUUGCUCUUUGUCAG